AUGGAGAAAAUGUUGGUCCAAAUCAAUGGUGUUAAUAAGAUUCAUGAGCUUCUUCCGGCGAUUAACGAUGAACAUGGAGGUGUAAUUGUGCAAGUUGAGAGUCCUAUGGAACCUAAUGUCUUUCAUGACAUGCUUAAACAUUCGAUAACAAAGUGGAAGAUGCAGGGAAAGAAGGGUGUAUGGAUUAAAAUCCCUAUUGAACUUGCAAAUUUGGUUGAGAUUGCAGUUAAGGAAGGGUUUCGGUACCAUCAUGCAGAACCUGAUUACUUGAUGCUUGUGCAUUGGAUUGCUGAUAGUGAGAGUACUAUACCUGCAAAUGCCUCACACAAAGUCAGCAUUGGUGCUAUUGUCCUCAAUCACAAAAGAGAGUUGCUUGUUGUGCAAGAGAAUAUUGGCAGAUUAAAAGGAAGUGGUAUAUGGAAGAUCCCUACCGGUACUCUUGAGGAGGGUGAGAGUAUAUUUGAAGGUGCAAUAAGGGAGCUAAAAGAAGAAACUGGAAUUGACACGGAAUUUAUGGAAGUGCUUGCAUUCAGGCAAAUACCCAAGUCAUUUUUUAACAAGUCAGACUUAUUCUUCCUUUGCAUGAUGCGUCCAUUAUCAUUUCACAUCCAAAAGCAAGACUUAGAAAUUGAGGCCGCUCAGUGGAUGGCAUUCGAAGAGUAUGCUAAUCAACCUUUAAUUCAAAAAGAUGGUCUUUCAAAGUACAUUAGAGAUUUAUGUUUAGCAAAAUCAGAAGGAGAUUACCAAGGAUUUACUCCAAUGACAAUAACAUCAUCAGUCAUUGAUGAUCAUAUUAGCUCCCUCUAUUUUCUUAAGGAUGCUCUUCACCAAGAUUAA